AAGAAUGAGACGGUGCUCUAUCUGGCAUAUGGAUCGAACUUGAGCAAUGAAACGUUUCGAGGGAAGAGAGGCAUAAAGCCGUUGAGCCAGAUCAAUGUUCAGGUGCCUGAGUUGCGCUUGACAUUCGAUCUGCCUGGCAUACCGUAUGUGGAGCCAUGUUUUGCGAACAGCGCAAAGCGCGAUCCGGAAAAGGAUGCAGAAGGCAUGGGCACAUGGGGCAGAUGCGGGAAGGAUGAGAAGUCGCCCCUGCUAGACAAUAGCUCUCGACGGCGAGAAAAGUGGCAUAAAGGCUUGAUUGGCGUGGUUUAUGAAGUCACAGCUGCCGACUACGCACAUAUCAUUGCGACCGAGGGUGGUGGAUCUUCGUACAAAGACAUCCUGAUAGACUGCUUCCCGCUUCCAACAGCCAGUCCAUGGGAUCCAGUGCCGCAGAAUCCAAAUACUGAGCCCUUCAAAGCGCAUACACUCUUUGCUCCGGCAAUUCCGCCAGGUGAAGAGCCGCCAAAGGAUGGCGGCAGGUUCCAGAGACCAGAUACCGAAUACGCUCAGCCCAGCGCCAGAUACCUCAAACUGAUCACUGAUGGUGCUGCGGAAUGCAACUUGCCAUGUGAGUACCAGGAUUACCUGCAAGCGUUGCAGCCAUACACCCCCACCACGACCAUGCAGAGACUUGGCCAAUUCGUGUUUCUGACGGUUUGGGGCCCUUUAAUAUUCUUCGUGCUCCUUGGUGGCGAGAUUUUCACGGGCAAAGACGGCCAGUUGCCAGCCUGGCUGAAGGAACUCACUGCUGCCCUUUUCAAGGCGGUAUGGGCAAGCUAUGAUGGUUUCUUUAAGCCGCUGUUUGGGGACGGGGAAAGAACGAUUGAUGAUGAUGAAGGAGCGAAGGUACCGACAGUUCGAAGCCGUGGUAGGACUCUGCUACGAAAGAGAUGUUUAGUGGACGUUGAGCGUGCGACAGAGAAGAGCGACAGAUAA